GUCAGUCGAGCGCGGGGCGGGGCCGGGCGCUCUACUUAGCGCGGGGGCGACCCUGAGGAGCUACAGCUGCUGCUCAGGCACCGGCACCAUCACCAGCGCUGGCCAGGGCGGUCUCAGGCUGCAGGCCCAGGCCCUCUGCGGCGGCAGCGGAGCGCGGUUAAUCUAGGAUCCAGUUUCCAAAAUGUGGCAGCUCCUGGCCACACUCAGCUGCCUGGUGGUGUUGACCAGUGCCUGGAGCAAUGUGCAUUUCCCGCCUCUGUCGGAUGAGCUGGUCAACUUUGUUAACAAGCAGAACACUACGUGGAAGGCUGGACACAACUUCUACAACGUGGACCUGAGCUACGUGAAGAAGCUGUGUGGCACCUUCCUGGGCGGGCCCAAGCUGCCCCAGAGAGCUGCCUUUGCUGAGGGCAUGAUUCUGCCUGAAAGCUUCGAUGCCCGGGAACAGUGGCCAAACUGCCCGACCAUCAGAGAGAUCAGAGACCAGGGUUCCUGCGGCUCCUGCUGGGCGUUCGGGGCGGUGGAAGCCAUCUCUGACCGGCUCUGCAUCCGCAGCAAUGGACGUGUCAACGUGGAGGUGUCCGCUGAGGACAUGCUGACCUGCUGUGGCGACGAGUGUGGGGAGGGCUGUAAUGGCGGCUUCCCCGCUGGAGCCUGGAACUUCUGGACGAAACAAGGCCUGGUGUCCGGGGGCCUCUAUAACUCACAUGUGGGCUGCAGGCCCUACUCCAUCCCCCCCUGCGAGCACCACGUGAACGGCUCCCGGCCCCCGUGCACGGGGGAGGGCGACACCCCCAAGUGCAGCAAGAUCUGUGAGCCCGGCUACACCCCAUCCUACAAAGAAGACAAGCACUUUGGAUGCAGUUCCUACAGCGUCUCCGGUAGCGAGAAGGAGAUCAUGGCGGAGAUCUACAAAAACGGCCCAGUCGAGGGGGCCUUCUCCGUGUAUUCGGACUUCCUGCUGUACAAGUCUGGGGUGUACCAGCACGUCACAGGAGAGAUGAUGGGAGGCCACGCCAUCCGCAUCCUGGGCUGGGGAGUGGAGAACGGCACCCCCUACUGGCUGGUCGGCAACUCCUGGAACACCGACUGGGGUGACAAUGGCUUCUUUAAAAUCCUCAGAGGAGAGGAUCACUGUGGAAUCGAAUCGGAAAUUGUGGCUGGAAUCCCAUGCACUCGUCAGUACUAGAAGAUGUAACUCCUGCGGGCCUGUCCGCCGGCCCUGGGGCAGUUUUUCCCUAAAUACCGCCAUUCAGACUGGGGAUGAGAUGCAGGGGUAGGAAUGUCUGAGUUUUAGCCAGGGCCUGAAGGACUGGGUCAGGCCGAGCCUCAUGUCUGCCAUCCGCACUGUCUUCCAAGGAGACGCAGCCAAGGCCAGCCCAGCGGACGGGCUGCUGUCACGACGCAAGCACUUAGGCAAGUAAGCCUCUGCUGAAGCAGAGCGAGCCUCUGCUGUAGACCAGCUGUGUAGUGCCUGCUGCCCCCGCCUCUGCGUCACCAGGGAGCAGGACAGACCGGAAGGGUUUGUAGUUUCCCAAAGGAGUGGGGGCAGCCCUUUGGAGAAAGCCACGUUCUCCCAGGGCCCCUGCGUCUGUCGAGGUCUGCAGCGCUGCUAACCCUCACUGGUCUUGUCCUUGGCAUGAUUCUUAGGUUUUCUGUUGUGUGCUCCUCGGCUGAUCAGGUGGAUGAGAGUCUGCUGGUUGGAAGAGCUGUACUAGUGGUACGGAUUGUCUCCUUCAAACUCAGUGGUUGAGAUUUCUCUUACCUGCUGCUCUCUGAUAGCCCUCUGAUACCACAGUCUGGGGAGAAGCCGGCUUUUACUGUUUUGAAAUCACUGCUUCACCCUGUUAAUAUAACAAAGAAAAGAAUGACUGCCAAUAAAAUGCCUCUUCUUCAAUGUGAA